AUGGCCAUUAUUUUCUAGUACAAGGAUGCUAAUGAACAAAAUUCGAUAGUAGUCCAUUGAUUUUAACCCUUUAAAAGAUUAAUGGAGCUGCCUUAAUGUUCUUAGACUUUGGAUAUAUUUACUUAACUUAAAAUGCGAAUCUGUUUCUCAUUCCCCCAACCCCAAUCAUUUGAUUGUUUAUGUUCAGCAGGUGAUGGCAGGGGGAACAGACAGACCUCCUCUUCACACUCAACUACUUCAAAAGCUCAGAGGUGAUGUUUCGCCAGACUGGUUAAGCAGUAGCAUUUUCAAAGUGCCUAAUCAUUUGCGCCGGAUAAGUGAACAGGCGUAUGAACCUCAAGUAGUCUCCAUUGGCCCUUACCACCAUGGUAAAGAUCAGUUGAAGAAAAUGGAGGAGUACAAAAUGCUUUAUCUAAAACAGCUACUUGAGGGAACACCAGAUCCAGAAGUUAGUCUGGAGAAUUAUGUGACGGUCUUGAAAGACAUGGAAGAAGAAGCUCGCAAAUUUUAUUCAGAACCUUUGAAUGAUAUUGGUGGAGAAAAAUUUGUAGAAAUGAUGCUCCUUGAUGGAUGCUUUAUCAUUCAGCUUAUCCGAAACACUACCAGGGGCAGAAUCGACCUUCCACUUGCACCUUUUUUUUUGAAAUUGUUUGACAGGACGUCAAUUGAUCCAGAGGAGGACUUCAUGGAUAUGGCUAUUAAAUUCUUCUCUAAAAUAAUGCCAGGAUCUCUUGGAAGACCCGAGAAUCAAGAUAUCAAGCAUCUACUGGGCUUACUUCAUUAUAGCUCCCAGGCUCCUUCACCUGAUUGCCAGGAAGCCCGUAGUUUUUGCUUACCAGAGAAAGUUAUAAGGUCGCUAUGCCAUGAGGUGAAGUUUAAUUGCUCUUCGUCAGAGGUAGUACUGAGUUCACCACCUGAGCCUCUGGAAUAUCAGGAAUGCGAGUUAGCAGAGGAACCACCUGAUAUAGCAGAGGAACCACAUGAUACAUCGGAGGAAAUGUUGGGAACUGCAGUGGGGCUAGCAUCGUUGGUAGGUUUUUGGCCAUUCAAUAAGUUAAGGUUGGGGUGCAAGCGUGAUUCAGACUCUAAUAGUAAGGAAUGGCGAUUCAUAAGUUCUGCAACAGAGCUCAACGAGGCAGGAAUAAAUUUUAAAAAAAUCAAGGGGAGAUUGUUUGAUAUAAAGUUUCAAAAGGGGGUAAUGUCAAUUCCAACUUUAAGUGUCAACGACGAUACAGAGUCCAUUCUUCGAAAUUUAGUUGCUUACGAACAAUGCUUCAAGGGCGCAUCUUCAAAAUGCUUCACGGAGUAUCUUAUAUUCAUGGAUUGCCUCAUCAACACAGGAAAGGAUGUUGAAUUACUUUGUCGCCGCCGAGUUAUUGACAACUGGUUAGGUGAUCAUGUAGUGGUCGCUAACCUAUUUAACAAACUCCAUAACUCUCUGUUGAUCUCCAAAGACAACUUCUCUAAAGCUCGGAUGUUCAUCGAAGUGAAUAAGCAUUGCAAGAGAAAGUGGAACCUGUGGAAGGCAAAUAUAUGGCACAAUUACUUUAACACUCCAUGGGCAGGCAUUUCCUUUUUUUAUGCGGUUUUCUGGCUUCUACUUUCUGUGCUUGAUACUGUUUUUGAAAUUCGUUAUUAUCUUUGGGCAUUCCAGAACUCGGGAAACAGUUAGCAAAACAUUGCGCCAGCCAGUUCGCCACUCUGAAAGUUAUGCCCAACGCAUAUCUUCAUGGUUCUGUUCGCCAUUCCAGAGUUUGCAAUAAGUGAAGCUAGCUGCUCACACAAAAUUGUUUCCCUGUUUAAAUUGCGAUGUCAUGUCAUGUUGUGUAUUCUACUAAAAAUUUGCAUGGGUU